AUGAGCGCCGCCGUCGCCAAGGUCGCCGUCGUCGGCUGUGGGAGUGUGUACCCACCUACCUUGGAUUGUCUCUCUUGGCGUUCUCUGUGUUCGGCUGCGAGUUGCAGUGUACCGGCUGUGGUGAUUUGACUCGGUGGGCACUUUUUUGGUUGGCUUUUGCCAGUUUCAGGGGCGGUGUGCGCUUCCCUGCUCGCCGGGAAGGGAAUCUCUGUUACGGUGUUCGAUUCGGGCCGUGGCCCCGGUGGUAGGAUGUCGCAGCGCAGGUUUCUUCUUCUUCUUCUUCUUCUUCUGCUUAUUAUUAUUAUGAUUAUGAUUAUUAUUAUUAUUAUUUCUUGUGGGUAGCCAGUUUGGGUCAACCUGCUUCUAUGACGGUUUCAUUCGUACUUUGGGGAGGAAUUCUCGGUUAAUUGGACUGUCGGGAUGACUGAUGUUGCUCUGCGUGGGGUUAAUACGGCGCCAUUUUUCGUCCCGCUGAUCUUAUCAGUUCGAUAUCAGCCCGUUUGUCGGUUUCUGUGUUUCUUCAGCUCGGGAACUCUGGCGGGCCCGUCCAAAUGAUUAAGUUCUGCUUGUGAUCUUUGUGCGAUUUACGGUUGAAAUACUUAUUUGUUUUGGCGUUAUUUUAUGUUUUUCUCUUUCGCGUUUUGCAUUUGGAAAAAUUCUGGUUUAAAUUAUGACGCUACAGAUCGAUCGCGGUAAUUUUCUCUACUUUUCCUUCUCUUAUUGUCUAAGAGUUAUUUUCUAUUAUUCAGAUGAUCAACAAGAAAAGAUAUGAUCACGGUUAUAGUUUUUUCAUUUUUCUAAUGCCAAAUGAGAUCUUGUGGAGCUGGUUGAUCAUCUGAAUCCAGAUGGUUUUCCUUGUGGGCACACAUUCUCCUUCUCAUCAGGUCAUCAAUACCCAUAAUUUUCCAUCUGAAUUAUGAAUUGGUAUUAUAUAAAUUAUGACAUGUUGUUGGACGCAAUUGUUUAGUUUUCUCAUUUUUAUAUGAAUUAUUCAGAUGAUCGACAAGGCAAAAGAUGAUCAAAACUGUUUAGUUUUCUCAUUCUAAUGCCAAAAGAGAUUUCGUGGAGCUGGUUGAUCAUCUGAAUUCAGAUAGUUUUCCUCGUGGGCACACAUUCUCCUUCUCAUCAGGUCAUCCACACCCAUAAUUAUCAGGAAAUCAUCUUUUUUUCCAAGCUACCGAGUUGGUUUUAUAUGAAUUAUAGCAUGUUCUUGGUCAAGAAAAAUUUACGUGAUGCUGUUACUGCUGACAGUACAUAAUCAUGCUUGCUGUGUGAUAAACAUUUCAGAGAAUCGAGUGAUAAUGGGGACCUCCUGUUCGAUCACGGAGCUCCAUAUUUCUCCAUCAGCAACGAGGAGGUGAUGGAUGCUGUCAGUUCAUGGGAGAGGAUGGGUCUUGUUGCUGAAUGGAAGGAGAACUUUGGGUGCUUUGAUGUGAACAUUGCUAAAUUCGUGGAUCUUGAGAAUGUGAGCAUCUCUGGCCCUGGUUCAUGCUUUCAGUCGCUGUGCCAUUCAUUCUUUUCCUCACCUGCAUUGCUAUCAUUAUAAGCUUUACUUCCCAGAUCGCCUUGUGAAGAUGCCCAUCCCUUUAUUUCCCUCCAGCAUGAUGCUUUGACAUCCAUGUUGUCUCUAGUAAGUUUCAGUGAGUCAUCUACUGAAUCGUAAAUAUAUUCAUCUGCCAAAACUAUGUUUUAGGACGGCUGGAAUCAUAAAUACAUUCAUCUGCUGAAUCAUACAUUCAUAAACACAUUCAUCUGCUGAAUCAUACAUUCAUAAAUAAAUACAUUCAUCUGCUGAAUCGUAAAUACAUUAAUCUGAGAGAAUAUCUCCCCUGAUGUGCUCACGUUGUAAUCUCUCCGAAUUAAGGAGGAAAUAUUUAUGUUGGUGUUUCUGAGCACCUGGUUUUUUUCAUCAGGAUGGGCAGAACAAAAAAAAAUAUGUUGGUGUUCCAGGCAUGAAUUCUAUCUGCAAGGCCCUCUGCUAUCAACCUGGUUGGCGCCACCUUUUUUUUUUUCCUUUUAUUUCCUGAUCAACCUGGUCAUCUACUGAAUUUAACGUAACUGGAUUCUAUCAAGAUUUUUUUCCAAUCCUUUUUAAUCUCCAGGUAUUGAAACCAAGUUUCAGACCACUAUUGGGAAGUUAGAUUGGCUGGAGGGAAGGAAUUCGUGGCUGUUAAGUGGAUCUGGUGGUGAAAACUUAGGUCAUUUUGAUGGCGUGGUGGCUUCAGACAAAAGUCUGUUUAGUUCAGCACAUACUCCCCUCACUGGCCGGCCGCCACCUUUAGGUUUGCUUCUAGCCAGAAUACUGUGGGUCAUAUAUUUAAUCUCUCAAUGGCUUCUCUUCCUGUCUUUCAUGAUUUAUUCAUCCUUUUUUCCAAAUAAAACUAUAUGUAAAUUUUCGUUCAUUAUUGUAUAAAGCUCUUGGAACCAACUGGGUACACCGAAAUUGAUCCAUGAAAGAUCUUAGAGGGCUGUUUGCGUCUUGAGAAAGCCAGUCAUGGAUCAUAUUAAUCAGAACUUAGGCCAGCACCAACCUAGAGAGACGCUGAUGUUCACAGUAGAAAGAGAAUAGAGGUUCCCUGAUACCCAGACGAAGGAGACUGACUGCUGUACAUGAGCAUGUGUACCAAGCUACGUUCCAUGGUACUCCUGCAUGUUCUAUUGGCCAUGAAUCAUGCCUCUUUGACUACAGCAUGUCUUCUGAGAAUCGGCAAAUAUAUGGUUUAAUAUAUAUACUGGUGUUCUGGUACUAUAUUACUGGGCAUGAGUUAUAUAUCUUACGUUGUCCAGGUUGGUUUAGCCUCUGCGUCCGCCUCUACAGUGCUGCGCAAUGCUUGAGAGAUGUCCUUCACUGCUUGAUAGAUAUGUGCUGAAUGCCUUUUGAUCUCACUUCACUGCUCAUCCGUCUAGGUUAUUUCUUGUGUAUCUCUGUCGUCCAGAAAACGCUUGGUUCCUCGGCUCCAAGUUCAAAUUGCUACCCCACUCAUGAAGACGAUCGGUCGGAUUUUGAACCGAGACACUGCCUAUGAAUCAUGCAACAUUUCUUCUAAAAAAAUGGCAAUUUAUGGUUAAAUAUAUAUAUGUAUAUACUGGUGAUUCACAGUCUUAUAAAAAGAACAAUUUUUGAAUGCAAAUGUUGCCUAAUCUGGGCAUCUUGGGUGAAGUGAUGUGAUUUAAGGCUAGGAAAUCCCAGGCCGAACCAAAUACUGUAAAACCUCAGCACCAGCUUUCUAGCAUUCAAGUCAUGUCUAAAUUCUUUGCACUCUGACCUUUCGACACUGUUUUUGUUUUUUUUUUUUGGGAAGCUUUCUGCUGUUAGCUGAGGAUGUUUUUAAUAUUUUCUCAUAAAACUAAUAUAUAUUUUUUUAUCUGGGCUUAUCAGAUACCACCUUAAUCCCAGAGUUGGCCGUGAAGCUGCAAGAUAUCCCUCGCCAUCCAUGCUAUGCUCUUAUGCUAGCUUUCUCGGAGCCUUUAUCACAGGUAAAACAUCUGCCUGUUCAUGUCUAUUUCUCUCCGAGUAAAAUGCUCUGUUGUAAAGAUCUUCCGAUUGAACUUCACAUGCCAUCUACAACACAGAAAUGUGUGUCAUUUUGAGAGCCGCGGUCAACCGUUUGUUAAAUGAUUGCUAAUGAUCCCUGAUUGGCUCAAUUAUAAUAAAAUUAAAGAGACAUUACUUGUUAUGACAUGGCAUAAUUUUUCUUAAAAGAUAGAUGUUACGUUCUAGUAAUACUAUGAGCAUUAUGCGAUCUACUUCAGUCUGGUGUUUCGACUUUUAGUGAGAUAUUUACUAAUUCAGUAUAUCUCUGCUGCUGGCAGGCAUCAAUUUAUUGAAAAAAGGGGAUGGAGCAGUGCAAUGUAGAAUAAUCAUUCUGCAUAAUAGAGUUUGACCCACAAGAAUAGCUGUAGCCUUGGCGGUCGUAUGAGGUCUCCUGAUCCAAUCCAAUAACCUACUUGGAAUCGAACCCAUGUCAUCAAAAGUGAAUGAAUUUUGGGCUCAUUAUAACAUGGGAUAUUUAAUUCAACUUGUAUAAAAGAUUAGGUUGGCUUUAAAAAAGAAAAAAAAGAGGGAAUGUCCCUGACCCUCUCCUUUGCUUUAUCAUCCCUACUGCUGCUUCUAUCACUUGUGCAUGAUCUGAUGCCGAUGAACGCUUGUCUUGAAUUAGUACUGUCUCUCAGCAGUUUCUCAUUGGUGUCAAAUUGUCUCACGUUAAAGCUCUCCACUUAUAGAACACUUAUAGAAGAAGGCUUGUUAUUUCGUAUUUCAGGUACCCGUGAAAGGUUUCUCAUUCAAGAAUUCUAAGGUCUUACGCCACGCAUUUUGUGAUUCUAGCAAGCCAGGUCGCCUCCUCUCAUCUUCCAAUUGGUAGGGUUUUGUGAUCAGAAGUUCUUCUGCGUCUUCUUGCUCAAACAAUUUUCUUUUUAAAAUUCCCACUUUGUGACGGACGUUUUCUUUAGUUUAUCUUACACAUUUUCUUCCAUUUCCAGUGAAUGUUGGGUAUUGCAUUCGACUGCUGAGUAUGCUGCUGGCAUUAUUUCCAAAACUGGAAUUAAAAAACACACCUCUGCCGCUCUCAUUGAGAUUGCAGAAGAAUUAUUCCGAGAAUUCGAAAGCACGGGGCUUGUCAGUUCUCGCCCUUUCUUCAUGAAAGCUCAUCGGUGGUAAGUUUUUUCUCAUCUCCCAAAACUCUGACUUUUUUCUAGUCAAAAGAUGGGUUAAAGUGGAAGAUUCUUUUUCUUAAUUUCACUUGUUUCCAGUUAAAAAGGAUUCCGAUCUGUAUUUAUUUUCAUCUGCCCAACAGCUGAUUUUCCUCUGAGCCCACUCAUUCAACAGCUGAAACUCAUCUAGGACAUGAAUCCUCUAAUCGGGUAAGCUCAAAUACGAAUAGUAAUGGGAUGUGUAAUUAGUUUUGGAUUAUCAGGUAUGUUUGGAGAGCUUCCCUUAUAAGCAAAGCGUUUCGAAAUAGGAUGUGAUGUAGUUAAGACAGAGCUACUUAUAAUAGAGCAAGGACUAGUAUGGGGAUGGUUUUGUGGAGAAGCAAAUCGCCAUUUAGUCAUAGAACGAUGCCACUUUUCUUUGGGUUUUAUGCUUUGAGGGACAAGAACAAUAAGGAUAAUUCGAGGUAUUACCUAGUUUGGUGAUCUAGUUCCAGUUUCUACAUCUGGAACUAGAUUUUAGCUUAUUUCUUAUUUCUACAUCUGGUAAUCAAAGCAUUGUAAGAUCUAAAUAUAGAUUUUAGCUCUCAUGAUCACGCUUCCAUUGUCCUAUGCCUUUGAGUUUGAAGGGUGUGUCAUAUAAAAUUAUAGGCUAGAGUGGUGGGCAAUUAAAAAAUAAGGCCAUAUUGCCCACAGGGAGUAUCUGAAGUGAGAGAGCUUAGUUGAACCAAUCUAAGAACAAGAUGAUACUGAAUACUAGAUCAGCCGUGAUAAUAUGAAGAUGAGGAUAAAGACCAUAGAAGCAGUUCGAGAUGGUUUGAACAUGUAAAUAAAGGCUGACGGAAUCAAACGUAAUGCAAUGAAAAUCGAGUUUUUAUGAAGUUUUUUAUUUGAAUUUAUUCAUAUUAGCAACCGUUCUUCCACACGUUUUCCCCUCAAUGGAAGAUAUAUAUAUUUGGUUUCUUACUAGAUCAUUCAUCGCAUAUUCAAAUAUGCAUCGGAGAAAUCAAGUUAGUUAGAAAUUCUACAUGAACUAGCCACUGAUUUUUGUUUCCUUGUGUUUUAAAUAAGAUCAUAUGCUGAAUAUUUGCUUGUCCCUGAAAACUCUCAGGGGCAGCGCCUUUCCGGCUUCCAGCAUCGGUGGGGAAGCCAUGUGUUUGUGGGAUGGUGACAAGAGACUGGCCAUUUGUGGAGACUUCUGUGUGAGUCCGGAUGUUGAAGGGGCUGUGCUCAGCGGGAUGAGGGCGGCGUCCAAGCUCUCCAGCCUCCUGAGCUGCUUGUGA